AUGGCCAUGGAACUAGAUCAUGAGUCGGACCAUGGCCACGGGGUGGCCAUGUUCACCGUGACACUGGUCGUAGUGGUGCUGUCCGCUUGCUCGGUUACGCUUCGACUGGCUUCUCGACUGUAUCUGCGGCAGGCCGUGAAGAUUCGUGAUUAUAUGAUUGUGCUGGCAUGGAUAACCGCAUUUGGCCUGUCAUUUUCCAUUCUCUAUGGGACCUACAAAGGGUUUGGCAUCAAGGUGGACUUCAUCCCACCGGAUCUACGGCCCCUGCUGAAGAAGGGGUUAUAUGCAUUCUCGGUCCUCUACAAUCCUACUUUGAUGUUGACUAAGACGUCGGUUUUGCUGUACUAUGUCGAGAGCAUACCCAAAACCCGCGCCUUUCGGUUGGCUACCUAUGCAACUCUCUUUGUGGUCAACGCCGCCGGCCUGGCUCUGCUGCUUCUCAACGUCUUCCGCUGCAAGCCCGUCCGCUCGGCGUACACUUACCCGGCUGCGAAUGAAUCGGUGUGCACCAACUUCGUUGACCUCAAUCUAGCAUCUGUCCCCCUUAACGUUGUGACAGACUUCGCUAUCCUUGUACUACCUCUACCCGUCCUUUCGCAGAUGACGUUGCCUUUCAGCCACAGGACCGCUGUUGCGCUCAUGUUCACUGCCGGUGCCAUAUUCACCACCAUUACCCUCAUCCGCACUGCAAUGCUGCAGCAUGCACACAUCGCCCAGGUCCAGGCCAAGGAGGCUGUCGAGUGGGACGGCGUAGACGAGAAUGAGUUUCCCUGGCAUGCAUCGGAAUCAUUCAUGUGGUCAGCUGUUGAGGUGAAUGUUGGUAUCAUCUGUACCUGUGUCCCCAUGUUGAAACAGUUGGCCAGCCGGCUGUUUGCCGAAUUCUCCGGGAAAUCCCACCGGUUUGCGUCGCGCAGAGACAUCAAGGAGAAAGCGCCUAUGAGGCGGCCAUUCGACCGACGGGACUCCGUGACCUCUCCAUCUCUCGUCUUCGAUGAAAAUAGGCGGUCAUGUAGUCCUGAUUCAGGAUACAGUGAUGUGGAUGUCCAGGCUAGUUACAGAGAGUCUAGGUCUAAGAGAUGCCAUUCUCACCAUCUAAGCCAAGACAGCUUCCAUGACAGAGGCGCUGUCAAGCCAAAGAGGACUAAAAGCAUGCUGGAACUCACCAACAAGGAGGCACUGCCCUUUUUGACGGCGAUAAUCUUCUUACUCUUUCUCUGGGGGUUCGGGUACGGCCUACUCAAUACUGUCAAUUUCCGCUUCUUAAUUGAAGCAAAGGCAACCUACGCUAAAGCGAUCGGCCUACAUGCCGCAUACUUUGCCGGCUACCUCAUCGGACCGGCAGUAGCUGGCUAUCUACUAAAGAAGACUACCUUCAAACUCACCUUUAUUGUUGGACUGUGUCUAUAUGCCUGCGGCAUUCUAAUUUCGUGGACUUCUGCAGUGCUUACUUCCUUUGAAACAUACGUCUUUUCGAACGUUGUCACCGGUGCUGGCAUGGCUAUUGUCCAGACGACGUCUCAUCCCUUCCUCGCGCUGUGUGGACCGCAGGAAUAUGCUGAAAUGCGCCUUAACAUCGCCCUCGGCUUCCAGUCAAUUGGCAGUGUGAUAUCUUCCAUAUUGGCCAAGAAGGCAUUUUCUCUUAGAACGAUCGACGCCCAUGACCUUGUACAGAUGAAGUGGGCCUACUUUGCCAUGGCUCUGCUUCAUAUCCUCUUAGCCAUAGCGAUGCAUUAUCUCUCUCUGCCCGAAGCAAAUGAUAAUCAACUGGCAGACCUCGCACGCCAGCGCCAAAUGGCCAACUCUGCCAAGAUUUAUGAUAUCCGUGUCGUCUGGGUUACCUUGGGGUUGGCCGUUUUUGCCCAGUUCCUCUUCGUUGGCGGUUCAGAGGGCAUCAACGUGCACUUCAGGAAGCUUGCCAGACGGACCAGAAUCAAAAAUGUCACGCCGUUCGAGUCACAGGCACUUGGCUUUGCGCUCUUCGCCGUUGGGCGGUUUGCAACUGUUGCUCUACAAUUAGUUGCGAAACCACGCGUUAUUCUUUCGAUACUUUAUCUCGGCCUCAUUGGAUGUGCGAUAGCGGCUGUAACCAUCCACGGACGACUUGCUAUGAUCGGGGCUUUGGGCACAUACUUCUUUGGAAGCGGCAUCUACGGCCUCACCUUCGCCAUCGCCCUCCGUGGCAUGGGCCAUCAUACCAAAACAGCUUCUGCCUUCUUAACAGCUGCAGUCUCCGGCGGUGCAGUGUUCACUUGCGUCCAGCGAGCCGUCGCCAACAGCCGAGGAGUUCAGUUUUCCUUUAUUGUUCCUGCCGUCUUAUUCACCGCUUGCUUGAUCUUCCCGAUAUACCUAAACACCUUCGCCCCAGCAAAGAGACAUACCGAUCCCACGCUGAAAAAUCACCGGGCAAGGGGCACUAGCGUGGCAUUCCAUCCUACCCAGAACGAUCGUGGAGAAGGCUUCGCGGUCCCGGAAUCAAUAUUCCCUUCUCAAGAAACAAUCGCACGCGUCGUUCAGAAGUCGCAGGAUCGCUCGUCGGCGCACAUACCGACGUCGCCCACACAAGCACCGAAACGUGCAAAGGGCCAUUACCGCAGUGGUGGUCUAAUGCAUAGCCUGUCAUCGUGGCAUGCAUCUUUGAGAUCCCCAACUUCGGACAGGGCAUCCUGCGAACCGAGCCGGUCGUCGGGCAGGUGGGACAGGGGCUCCAGGUCCGAAAGGAGAUGGCCGCCGGGCCCGUCCUCUCCUUCGGUCGAGUUGGACAAGGUUAAUGCACGACAAAGCUCGGAUUACUAUUAUUACCGUGCAGGAGAGGUGUAUAAGGAUAUCAGAUGA